AUGGGAGCUGUAGUUUCCAGCUCAUUCAAGGCUCAUCUCCAUCCUCCUCUUCUUCCUUCAGCAAGCUCCACCUCCACCCCGCCCGGCGGCAAUCGUGCCGUCGCCCACCGUCCGCCGCUGCCCCUUGACCCCGCCCUUCCUAGCCCCUGCCGCCGGGAUCCAGCCCCACCUGACCGGUGGUGCUCCCACGCCGUGUCGUCUCUGCCACCGGCCAACCCGUCACCACCGUCGGGUCUCCACACCGCCCCUGACCCCUCCUCUUCUAUGGCCAUCGGCCUUGGAGCCCCCACCCCCAGCAACCCCGAAGGGGCCAGCGACGACGGCUGCUGCUGCUGCGGCGGGUCGGAUGGGAAGCCUGCGGACGCUGCCACGGGGCGACGGGGCGCGGCUUCGGUGGCGGUGAAGGGGCGGAGGAAGCGGGGCGCGGUGGCGGAGAUGGAGGGGAACAUUCUGGAGGAGCGGACGAGAACGUGA